GUCAUAAUGGUCUCGGGCAGGGGUCAGCAACCUUUUUCACUCAAAGAGCCAUUUCGACCCGGUUUUCACGGUAAAAAAAAUAAAACAGGUAGCCACAAACAUGUACUGUAGAAUACCAGUGGUGCUUAUUUCUUCUAUUAUGAAUGAGAGAUUGUAUUAUGCCAUGACUUCCCGUGGCGUGUUGCAGCCUUGUUUUCCAGGUCUGAUUACGUCUGAAGACCGCGUGGAGUGCAGGCUCUGCCCAGCAGGUUUCUCCUGCUUUCCAGCCAAUGGAAGCAUCUCAUUAUGUUCACCUGGGGAACAUUCUCCUGAAGGGAUUCUCCAGUGUCUAACAUGUCCUAUAGAUUCCGUUUGCACUUUUGGAUUUGCGCAAAAGUGUGGGCCCGGAAAAGAGCCAAACUUCCAUCACACGGAGUGUAAUGACUGCCCCCCAGGCUUCUACUCUGGUGUGUGCGCUAUCAACUGCCUUCAAUGUCCUGCAGGAAGUUACUGUCCAGACAGUGGGAUGUCUCAGCCGCUCACAUGUCCGCCUGGAUCAACUUCCACACUCGGCCAGACCUCAUGCCAUGGAUGUAAUGAUACCUCCUCAAUGUGCCGGGGAGUCAUGCCACCCCUGCGGAGGCUGUCAGACCAAAAGUCAAGUCAACCCAUUGCAUGUGUACCAGGCACGUACAAACACCCACAGGAGGCUUCACUCUGUAUUGUUUGUCCAGUAGGUCAUUACUGUGAAGAAGGCAUCGCUAUACCUUGUCCUGCAGGGAGCUAUGGACCCAAAGAAGGUCUUCAGAGGCUGACAGACUGCACAAUAUGUCCUGCAGGGUUUUACUGUCUGGAAGGGACUUCAGCUCGACCCUCUCCUCAGUUCUUGUGCCCACUGGGUUUCUACUGUGAGGAGGGCACCGCCACCCCUCACGGGUCACCUUGCCCUGCUGGGACAGCAGGAGAACAAGUGGGUCAGACAAGUAGGACAGCUUGCAAAAGAUGUAGCGAAGGACGAUUCUGUCCGACAGGUUCCUCAGCUCCUGGCUUGCCUUGCGCUCGAGGAAGAUUCUGUCCUGCUGGCACACUGGAGGAAGUCACGUGUCCCAGAGGCACCUUCACUCCUCAUCAAGGAGCGAUAAGUUUGAAGGACUGUCUCAAAUGCCCGGCCGGUUUCUAUUGCCCCGAGGGUACAAGUGACCCUGUGCCGUGUCUGCCGGGCUCCUUUAACCCCUUGGAGGGUCAGGACGAGUUGGCCGACUGCAGAGAGUGCCAUGGGGGCAAGGCCUGCACUCAGGUGGCUCUGACGGCACCAGAUGUGGACUGCAUGCACGGGUUCGUGUGUCCUCCUGGUUCGUCUAAACCCAAUGCCCCAACCAAUGCGUGUCCUCCAGGGACGCUGAGCAACCGCACGGACCUCACAGAUCGUUCGCAAUGUCAGCAGUGUCCGGCCCGAUACGCUUGUCUUCGAGGAACAGGUGGUAUCCACAGGCCACCUCUCUCCUGUUCUGUCGGCCAUUAUUGUCCACCCGGUACCAAAUUCCCCACCCAGUACAAAUGUCCCGUGGGCACUUGGAGUGGUCAGAGUGGAUUAGAAGCUGAGAUUGAAUGCCAGCCGUGCCCACAGGGCUGGUACUGUUUGGUGGGAUCAGGAGCGCCAUCGGGCCGAUGCAGCUCAGGGCACUACUGUCCAGAAGGGACCGCAUAUGGUUCCCAGUUUCCUUGCCCGGCAGGUACAUACAGCAUCCACAUGGGCAACAGGCAAAAAAAAGAUUGCCUGCCUUGCCCCGAAGGCUCAUUCUGUCUCGAAGGCACCUCCAAACCUGCACCCUGCCCCAUCUCAACAUUUCGCCGUGUGAUAGGAGGUCAGACACUGGAGGACUGCUCUACUUGCCCCGCCGGUUAUUUCUGCUCCCACUCAGCCACUGUUAACCCCAAAGUGUGUGGAGCCGGCAGCUACUCUGACGAAGGCGCUGCAGAGUGUUCUCCGUGCUUGCCGGGCCACUUCUGCAACAACGAGACCACGAGUGAGGAAGCCAUGUUAAGUGUCAUGGUGUGCCCCCCGGGUUUUCUCUGCUCUCGGGGCUUAGCUCGAGACCCUCGCCGCUCGGCCACCCUCUGUCCUCGUGGCUUCUACUGCCCGGGAGGAGGCAUUGAUCCCAACCCCAUUCCCUGCCCCAACGGUACUUACAGUGAACAUCCUGGUUUGAGUGAGGUCAGCGAGUGCGUGUCGUGUCCUGGGGGGAAGUACUGUUAUUCUCAACACCCUGAGGAGCACCCCAUCACCGCACCUGUAAGACUGCAGCGAUCAUGCGUGUUUCACUACUUCGAGUAGGGAUGGGCAACCUGGUUUGCGCACUCUGAAGUGGCCCCUUGAUUCAUUUUGAAGAAGAAAAAAAAA